CUAAAAGCCGAAUCCUCUGAAAAUGGACUCCUUCCUUCUCCCGCUCUCUUCUUGAUGGUACAGUUUCUGUAAGGACAUAGAAAACUUAUCCAUUCUUUCUCCACCAAUUUCCAAUACCUCUUAUUGCUCAAAGCUCCCUCCUUCAGCUUCAUCAGGAAUUUGGAGAAGAUCCGUCAGGCUUCAAGCCUUUUUUUUUCCCCUUCUUAUCUUUUCUUUCUUAUUUAUUUUUUAUUUUCUUUAUCUCCGUGUUUAGCUGAAUUUGGAAAGUCAACAUGUUUCUUCGAAGAAAGCACUCGCAGAAUCAUCAAGAGAAUGAUGCUGCACAACAAGAAGCCAAGGUCAGUGAACUCAAGGCAGCUCUUGGACCUUUAUCUGGACGUAAUUUGAAGUAUUGUACUGAUGCCUGCCUGAGGAGAUAUCUGGAAGCUCGAAACUGGAAUGUUGACAAGGCACACAAAAUGUUAGAAGAGACACUGAAGUGGAGGGCAACUUAUAAGCCUGAAGAAAUCCGCUGGCAUGAAAUAUCACAUGAAGGUGAGACAGGUAAAGUCUUCAGAGCAAAUUUUCAUGAUCGAUAUGGGAGGACUGUGCUUAUGAUGAGGCCAGGGAUGCAGAACACAACAUGUGCAGAAGACAAUAUCCGCCAUUUGGUCUAUAUUAUUGAGAAUAGCAUCCUUAACCUUGCUGAGGGUCAAGAACAAAUGUCUUGGUUAAUAGACUUUACUGGCUUAUCCUUGAGCAACAGUGUCUCGGUCAGAACAGCUCGUGAUAUCAUUAACAUUUUACAGAAUCACUACCCUGAAAGGCUUGCCAUAGCAUUUCUCUAUAAUCCACCAAGAAUUUUUGAAGCAUUCUAUAAGGCUGUCAAGUACUUCCUAGAUACAAAAACUUCCCAGAAGGUGAAAUUUGUUUAUCCAAAGAAUAAAGAUAGUGUGGAGCUCAUGAGGUCUUUCUUUGAUAUUGACAACCUUCCCGGUGAGUUUGGGGGAAAAGCCACUAUGAAGUACGAUCAUGAGGAGUUCUCACGGUUGAUGGCCCAGGAUGAUGUGAAAACUGCUAAGUACUGGGGAUUUGAUGAGAAGCCAACCCACAUUGCUAAUGGCCAUUUGGGUGCUCAGGUGGCCCCAGAGCCAACGCCUCUUGCACCACCAGCUAGCUAAUUUGGUUUGCUUGAUCCUAGUACUUGUAUAAAAGAAAGCCAAAGACACGACAGUGAAGCCUGGAUUAGAUCAACUCGUAGGGACUUCGUGACCGAGUUUGCUGAGAAACUGAAAAUCAUAGUGAGGCUCAGAUGAAAAGACAUUAAAUUGUAAUAAUUAUGAGUACUGCUAACUAUGAGAUAGACAUUAAUAAUUCUGCCUCUUCCUUUGC